CUACUUUUUCUGCUCCUUCAUUCCACACUGCAUUACAUUGACUCACCCACCAUGAGCAACCGCAUUCUACAGGCUGGGGCCUCUGACGACGCUGCAGCGGCCAUCAACGCCAGACGUCAGUCGACCUAUUCACAGGCAUAUACUCAGUCUGAAUAUUCAGAGUCUGAGUUUGGUGAUCAAGAUAACACAUGGGAUGAUUGGGAGGAAGAUGAGAUGUCAUCAAGUGAACCCAAAUGCUUGUUCUGUCCCGAAAGCUUUCCAUCUGCACGUGAGGUCUUUCUUCAUUGUCAUCAAAUCCACGGGUUUGAUUUUUUAAAAAGUCGGCAACGAUUGAAUUUAGACUUUUAUCAAUCAAUUCGCCUGAUCAAUUAUCUCCGUCAACAAGCUGCUACAGUUGAAGGGUUUGAUCAGACCAAAGAAUGGACAUUGGAUGGGAAGGAAGCCUUCCUAGCGGAUGAUGAGUAUUUAAGACCGGUGAUGGAGGAUGAUUCAUUGUUGUAUGCAUUUGAGGAUCUGGAGAUCGAAGACGACGACGACGAUGAUGAUCGUCAUGGAUCACGGGAACAGAGUCAAUACCAAAAUCAGGAUGAUUAUCAUGAGCAUGGUACAGGAUUUAACAGCAAGAAUAAGGCAAAGAUGACAGAGUUUUUAAUGCCUCAAGGAGAUGUCAAGAGGAUGGAGCGAUCUGUUUAUGAAGAUAUUGAACCGACAACAGAGUUGGAGGCCAAAUUAUUGAGACAAUUGCGUCAGGCAGAAGAGAGGAUGUUUGCACUACAAGUUCAGUUACAUAACACCGAGGCUCAGUUUUUGGAGUACAGAGCUAGAGUCAAGGAAUCAUUUUUUGACACAUUGGAGGAUGCAACUGCCAGGAGUGUUGUUUCUGAUAUUCCACAAUUAUCAUCUCGUCGAGAGGAUGGUGUUGUGAUUAAAGCAGAUGAUAAUGGUGGUAAUGGAGGAAAGGUGAAUGUGCCUGUGGAUGAAGGCAAUUAUUAUUUCAACUCAUAUUCGCAUUCGGAUAUUCAUCAACAGAUGUUGAAUGAUCGUGUGAGAACAGAAGGCUACAGAGAUUUUAUUUAUGAAAACAAGGACAUUUUCAAGGGUAAGACUGUAUUGGAUGUAGGAUGCGGAACAGGCAUCCUGUCUAUGUUUGCAGCUCGAGCAGGAGCAGCCAAGGUGAUCUCAGUCGAUAACUCGGAUAUUAUUGAAAAAGCAAAAUUGAACGUUAUUGAGAAUGGGCUCCAAGAUGUGAUCACACUGGUCCGGGGUCGGAUCGAGGAGAUUGAUCUACCUUGCCAAUACGUUGAUAUUAUUAUCUCAGAAUGGAUGGGUUACUUUUUGUUGUAUGAGGCCAUGUUGGACUCGGUUCUGGUAGCCAGAGACCGUUUCUUGGCUCCUGGAGGCAUCUUGGCACCUUCGCAAACAAGGAUUCUUUUCACUGCUUCAUCGGACGAGUCCUUUUUGAAUGACAGUAUCCACUACUGGAACGAUGUAUAUGGAUUCAAGAUGUCAUCUAUGAAAGAAGACGGCAAAGUUCUUCAAGAGGCCGUUGUGGAUUAUAUUUCUCCAGAGACAAUUGUCACCAACACAGUAGCGAUCAAGGAUCUACCCCAUCAGACGAUUACAGUGGCAGGAUUGGAUUUUGUAUCAGAUUUUGAACUGGAGAUGCAACAAGAUGAUCAAGUAUGUGUGUUUGUAGGCUAUUUUGAUACAUGGUUCACACGAGAUGGUCGAGAUGUACCCAUGGAUAUGGGGAUUUCAAAGGAGGAGCUGAGACGACAUGGAAUGAAUGGAUUCACAACAGGACCUGUGUCGACAAGAGCAGAGGAAACUCAUUGGAAGCAAACAGUGUUUGUGCUGAAGAAACCGAUUGUGAUGAAGAAGGGUGACAAGAUCAAGGGAACAUUCUAUUGUACCAAGAACCAAAAGAAUCCUCGAGCAUUGGAUCUUCGUAUUGUAUAUGAAGUGAUCCGAGGAGAAGGGACGACAACAGUUAAUUUGAAAGAAAGGGAAAUAGAAAAGGCGGACUUGACCUUCUUCCUUCGUUAAAGCCAUUUUUUUUUUGUAUUUACAUGC